CAGAGGCCCACAAGGGAACUGACGGAGCACGAAAGAAGAAGAAGUUGACGGCCACAUAUGCACGCUGAAGAGCGUGAGGGAGAUCCUUUCCGAACGCACGCAUCUUCCCUCCUGGCUCGGGGCUCACAGGGCAUGUGAGAACCCUCCUGAGCUUCAGAAUGGCUCAAAAGCAGCAACGCAGUUCCCCUCAGGACUCUCAACCCGCCGGAGUUCAAUCUGAUCAGAUACAGCUCCUUUUGAAUGCGUGCAGAGAAGCAAAAAAGUUUGCGUACUGCCCUUACAGCCACUUCCCAGUGGGGGCUGCACUCCUGACUUUGGACGGCAAGAUUUUCUCCGGCUGCAACGUUGAAAACGCAAGCUAUCCCCUGGGUGUCUGUGCUGAACGUACAGCCAUCCAGAAGGCAGUGUCAGAAGGAUAUACCAAAUUUCAAGCCAUGGCUAUUACUAGCAAUAUGCAAGAAGACUACACCAUGCCCUGUGGGGCUUGCAGACAAGUGCUGAGAGAGUUUGGCAAACAGUGGGACCUCUAUAUGACCAAGGCAGAUGGGACGUAUAUAGUGAAGACUCUGGAAGAACUCCUACCUCACUCUUUUGGAUCCGAAGCUCUGAAAACGCCCUGAGGAGGGAAGAAAGGAGUGCAGCAUUUAUCCGUCCCAAGCGCAACAUUCUCAUGGCGAUCACGCUGUUUAACUCAAUGAAAUGCCAUCCAGGGCUAUACGACAAGCUAAUGUCUGGAUAAUUAAAGAUGACUGGUUAGGAGCUUGCUAUUAACGGGGCCUUAAUUCCAUUGUUCCGUUCCAGCCCAAAAGGGAAUACAAAUGACUGGUUCUUUCUCCUGAUAACGCAGCGGUUGAGGGUAACAUUGCCGCCAUUUGGACUAGAGAUUUCUGCAAGUCAUGCAAAGACAGUUUGGGGAACAUUUGCUCUCCUAAAUCCCUUCUUCGGUGAAUCAAAUCAGCUGGGAGGGCCUGGAUGUACAUUCCUGGAUUGACUGUUAUGG